AUAUUUCUUUAACUUCUUUUCCAAACCAAUUGGUUCAACUUUAUCACCCUUAACUAUGACCUGAGAUGAAAAAUGAACCUAUGGCGCAUGCAUGAAUCACCUCCCUGACUCUGAAAUAGCCCUGUGAGGAAACCCUGUCUAUGCUUAAAGGGAAGUGAAGACUUGCUUGUGCAGCACUUUGUUUUUCUUUUCAUGCAGACACCACUGUCAGCACAUACACUUGUACCAUGAACCACUCGGCUAAGCUGUCUUCUUCAGAGGAAAUGGCUCCUGAGGAGUUUGACGGUGGGACAGCAGUGGCUUGUGUGAUCCUGGGCCUGUCCUUCCUGGUUGGGGCUCCGGGGAACCUGCUGGUUAUCUGGACUAUCCUGAGACACAUCAAGCAGCGUUCCCACACUGUGUUGCUCAUCCUGCAUCUGGCUGUUGCAGACCUGCUUGUCCUCAUCACCCUGCCUGUGUGGAUCUACUCCCUGGCCCGCUCGUGGGUGUUUGGGGAAGCCACCUGCAAAGCCAUGGUGUUCGUGAUCAACGCCUGUAUGUACAGCAGUGUUUUCCUCAUUACUCUCAUGAGUGUGGAGCGUUUUGUUGCUGUGCGUUAUCCCUUUGCCUCAGCUGACUGGAAGAGAAAAAAAGCACUGAGUAAAGUACUGCUGGCCCUGUGGACUGCGGCCUUCUUGUUCAGCACACCUGUCAUCCCAACCCAGGUUAUAGGGAACAUAUCUGGCGAGGACCAUUGUCUCUACAGGGAGUUCAAGUCGCUGACCCAGGAGCUGGUGUGUGUGCUGCUCGAAACACUGGUUGGCUACAUCUUACCCUUCUCCAUCCUGGUGGUCUGCUACGGCUGCCUGUGCAGCCGAAUUACUCAGAUGACCUUCAAGUCUAAGCGCAAGUCUACGGUCUUGAUCGCCAGUGUGGUGGUGGUGUUUGCCAUUUGUUGGACACCUCAUCACAUAGGAAAUAUCCUCUCACUCAUCUACCUGGGCAUUGAGAAGUCCUACCCCAAUACAGCAAAAAGCCUGGACAGUGUCAGGGAAACCAUGACCUUCAUCGCUGGAGCCAUGGUCUUCAUCAGCAGCACUGUUAACCCCAUUCUCUACAUGUUUGCAGCUCGCUCCUUCCGGAGCUCCCUGCGUGACACCGGCAUCCAGAAGCUCUUCCGCCACAUCUCCAGCACCUCCCCAGGUGAGGGCAACAGAGAGUUGUCCUUUGUGUCCAAGAGACAAAGCAAUCAGACCAAUAGUUCCCAGUGUCUGUCUGAGUUAAAAGACUAAAUGGACAUAUAAAUAGAAAUGUGUGAAAACAACCCAUCCUAAUACUGAAAAUCAAUUGUGUAUGUGUUUGCAUGUAUAUAAACAGUAUAUUCUUGUGUAUAUUGUAUGUAUUUUUUGGUUUCUUUGUCUGAAAUGAAGCUCAUUUUAUAUCAAAUUACAACAGGUAUGUGAGGUAUUUGUUCAACUCUGUAAAGUGUUUACUGUGUCUUUUUAAUAGUGACAAUAGAAAAUAUAUUUAUAAAUAUGUUAUUGGUGUAAACUUGAUCUACUUUACUUUUCCUUUACUUUGUACCAUGUAGUAUUGAUAAAUAGUACAACAAAUAAUAGUAUAUACAUAAGACAAGUUUUUGUAAAAAAAAAAAAUACAGUUGAUGCCAACAAAGGGAAUUUGUAUUUAUUUGAUUAUUGACUCUUUAAUUUUUUUUUAACUCCCUGUAUGUGUGGGUACAUGAUUAGAUUGAGGACAGCAGGAAGGAGCCACUAUUUAGAUUUUAUACAAUAUAUAAUAUAUGCUAUUAUGUCAUUGGCUGUCAUGAUGGAAACAAGACUUUUUCCAAUCUUGCUGUCUCGUUCUGUCUUGGGGAACUCUAACAUCUCCGAAACAGUCUUUAUAUAAUUGUGAGACCAUUAAGUCGGUUAACAAAAAAUGUGCUCAACUCACCAAAUGCAGUUUUUUUUUUUAAUGUUAUGAAAAUGUUUAAGAAUAUUACUAUUGUAAAAAUGUUUUUCACCCAUGACAAAUUAGCUAUGGCAACAAUUGUCUUGGUAUCUCACUACAGACAACAGUCAUGCUUUCAACUUCCUCUCUCAAUGUGAAGAUUGCAAAAUGAAGAGAUGCAUGUUCCCUCUGUUGAGCACAAAAAGCGGAAUCAUGUCUUAAUGUUUGCCACAGUCUUAUAAAACUCAAACCCACACAUUUAAGCAAGAGAGUUUCAUGUCAGCUUAUUUGCUGAUAUUUUUAAAUGCAUAUGUCGGUUGGAUAUUUAUAAAGUACUCCUAUCACGGCAUGCUGAAAUUGUCUGUUGCCAUGAUUGCACAAAAGUUGCCCUCACCAAUUGACUCAACUAGCAAUGUCAGCACUGUGCUUUCACUUAUGGAUAAUAUAUAUUCUUAUUUCACCUUUCCACUGAACGUCUUAAUUCUUAUUUUAUAUCUCAAGGUACAUAUUCUUUUUUUCAGCACUGCUUGGCUUCAUAUACCUUACAAACAUUUAUAACCUGUGUGUUGGCACUGAGCAUCUGCACUUGAGCCGUUGAGGUUUUAGUGCCAUGUUAUGCUCAAGAGCAUUUGUGGAAGGAACCAACAAAGAGUAUUUCCAUCCAUUUUGCAAAUUUGACCAAAUUUUGGUCCAUGAAUCGGCCCCCAUUAGCUUGUUCUUAUAAAGUAUAUAAACAUGCAUGUUAUGCCACUGUGAAUGGAUCUUGCUUCUGACAAUGAGAGAAUCUAACAGGGAGUUUCCCAAGUGAGUUCCCAAUAAGUGUGCUGCUGCUGCUUACGUUCACCUUCUGAGCAGACAGUGUCAUGGAGGUGUUAUCACAUAGUGCUUUGUGGUUAUAUUUGUUAUUAUUAUCAUAGAUUUUAUAC